AUGGUUUCAACUGAAGAGUUCUGGAUGUCUAUGUCAUGUCUAGCCACACCUCCAGAGCUCCUCAGCCAAUCAGAAACCGAGCUAACAAAGCAAACGAUCUUCAGGAGACAAGAGGAGGGUUACACAGGGAGAGGACUACAGGGCUACUGCAGGGAGAGGGCUACAGGGCUACUGCAGGGAGAGGACUACAGGGCUGCUGCAGGGAGAGGGCUACAGGGCUACAGGGCUACUGCAGGGAGAGGGCUACAGGGCUACUGCAGGGAGAGGGCUACAGGGCUACUGCUGGGAGAGGGCUACAGGGCUGCUGCUGGGAGAGGGCUACAGGGCUGCUGCAGGGAGAGGGCUACAGGGCUGCUGCUGGGACUGCAGGGAGAGGGCUACAGGGCUACAGGGCUACUGCAGGGAGAGGGCUACAGGGCUGCUGCUGGGACUGCAGGGAGAGGGCUACAGGGCUACAGGGCUACUGCAGGGAGAGGGCUACAGGGCUGCUGCUGGGACUGCAGGGCUAGGGCUACACUGCAGGGCUACAGGGGGGCUGCUGGGACUGCAGGGGGAGGGGCUACAGGGCUGCUGCUGGGACUGCAGGGAGAGGGCUACAGGGGCUACUGCAGGGACUGGGGCUGCUGCAGGGAGAGGGCUACAGGGCUGCUGCUGGGACUGCAGGGGAGAGGGCUACAGGGCUACUGCUGGGACUGCAGGGAGGGCUACAGGGACUACAGGCAGGGAGAGGGCUACAGGGCUGCUGCAGGGAGAGGGCUACAGGGCUGCUGCUGGGGCUGCAGGGAGAGGGCUACAGGGCUGCUGCAGGGAGAGGGCUACAGGGCUACUGCUGGGACUGCAGGGAGAGGGCUACAGGGCUACAGGGCUACUGCAGGGAGAGGGCUACAGGCUGGGCUGGGCUGCAGGGAGGGGGCUGCAGGGAGAGGGGCUACAGGGCUGCUGCAGGGAGAGGGCUACAGGGGCUGCUGCUGGGACUGCAGGAGAGGGGGCUACAGGGCUGCUGCUGGGACUGCAGGGAGAGGGGCUACAGGGCUGCUGCAGCAGGAGGGGCUACAGGGCUACAGGGCUGCUGCAGGAGAGGGGCUACAGGGCUGCUGCAGGACUGCAGGGCUACAGGGCUGCUGCUGGGACUGCAGAGAGGGCUACAGGGCUGCUGCUGGGACUGCAGGGGAGAGGGCUGCUGAGGGGCUACAGGGCUGCUGCAGGGAGAGGGCUACAGGGCUGCUGCUGGGACUGCAGAUGGCUACACAGGGCUGCUGCUGGGACUGCAGGGGAGAGGGCUACAGGGCUACAGGGGACUGCAGGGGAGGGCUACAGGGGCUACUGCAGGAAGAUGGCUACAGGGCUACUGCUGGGACUGCAGGAGAGGGGCUACAGGGCUACUGCUGGGACUGCAGGGAGAGGACUGCUGGGACAGGGCUACUGCAGGAGAGGGGCUACAGGGCUACUGCUGGGACUGCAGGGAGAGGACUACAGGGCUACUGCUGGGACUGCAGGGAGAGGACUACAGGGCUACUGCUGGGACUGCAGGGAGAGGACUACAGGGCUACUGCUGGGACUGCAGGGAGAGGACUACAGGGCUACUGCUGGGGCUGCAGGGAGAGGGGGGCUGCUGCUGGGGCUGCUGCUGGGGCUGCUGGGGCUGCAGGAGAGGACUACAGGGCUACUGCUGGGACUGCAGGGGAGAGGGCUACAGGGGCUGCUGCUGGGACUGCAGGAGAGGGCUACAGGGCUGCUGCAGGGAGAGGGGCUACAGGGCUGCUGCAGGAGAGGGCUACAGGGCUGCUGCAGGAGGGAGCUACAGGGCUGCUGCUGGGACUGCAGGGGAGGGACUACAGGGCUGCUGCAGGGGAGAGGGCUACAGGGGCUGCUGCUGGGACUGCAGGGAGAGGACUACAGGGCUGCUGCUGGGACUGCAGGGAGAGGACUACAGGGCUGCUGCUGGGGCUGCAGGGAGAGGGCUACAGGGCUGCUGCUGGGACUGCAGGGAGAGGGCUACAGGGCUGCUGCUGGGACUGCAGGGAGAGGGCUACAGGGCUACUGCAGGGAGAGGGCUACAGGGCUACUGCAGGAAGAUGGCUACAGGGCUACUGCUGGGACUGCAGGGAGAGGGCUACAGGGCUACUGCUGGGACUGCAGGGAGAGGGCUACAGGGCUACUGCAGGGAGAGGGCUACAGGGCUGCUGCUGGGACUGCAGGGAGAGGGACUACAGGGCUGCUGCAGGGAGAGGGCUACAGGGCUGCUGCUGGGACUGCAGGGAGAGGACUACAGGGCUGCUGCUGGGACUGCAGGGAGAGGACUACAGGGCUGCUGCUGGGGCUGCAGGGAGAGGACUACAGGGCUGCUGCUGGGACUGCAGGGAGAGGGCUACAGGGCUGCUGCUGGGGCUGCAGGGAGAGGGCUACAGGGCUGCUGCAGGGAGAGGGCUGCAGGGCUGCUGCUGGGGCUGCAGGGAGAGGACUACAGGGCUGCUGCUGGGGCGGCUCUGCAGCUGCUCUGCAUAG